GAACAGAUUAUGCUCGUGUUUGGUUUAUUUUCAGGUUAAUUAUGAACCAGGAUGUGUGCGGAAAUGUGAUGUUUCAUAUCAGCGUACGAUUACCAGAAAAAUGUUGCACGGUUUCGGAGAUCGUUGCAUGCUACUUCAAAGAAUAGAUCGUCUCUAAAAAUGAAAACAUUCAACGGAAAAACUCAAGGUGCAGCAGCAUAAAGUCCUUCUUCAAGAUGCAUUUGUACAUGGCCAAUAUACA